AUGGUACAGAUUGAGUUAGAUUCAGAGAGUUGUAACUUUAAAGGGAUUAUUGUAGAGGAUUUUGAUAGUGAAAGGUUAGGAUCAGGCGUUCGUGGCAUUCGUAGAGAGCUUUCGUUUUCGCGUUGGUGUGGUGAUGAUAAUGUUGGUGAUGGUGGUGGUGAGGAAAGGGUUGUUUUGGAUCGACAAUUAGGUGAUGAGGAAGAAACUGUUUUUGAGUUACCGCUAAUUCAAAAGAAUGAGGUGAAAGAAGGAGUUUUCGAUAGAGAGAGAUUCUCUUUUGAUAAGUUACAGCAGGAAAGGAGUGUGCUAAUGACCGGUGCUAGUGCGAUGGAUGAUGAUUCUGUUUAUAGGAGAGGUAAUGGAUCUGAUAAGCAUGUGCCUUUUGAAAUUGAAGAGAUAUCUGAAAGGGGAACGGUUGGCGGUGACUCCUACAUUCCGGGAGGCGGCGUUGGAUCGUUUGAUAGAGGUUCUGAAAAUACUGUCCCUGUAGAGAAUAUCUUGAAGACGUUGUUUUUCGUACUUGUGUGGUACACUUUCAGUUUAUUUUUGACCUUGUAUAAUAAAAGUUUGUUGGGAGAUCAUAUGGGAAGGUUCCCGGCUCCUUUUUUAAUGAAUACGAUCCACUUUUCAAUGCAAGCUGUUUUAUCGAAAUUUAUCACGUGGUUUUGGGCUCAUAAGUUUGAGACUAAUGUUGUCAUGUCAUGGAGGGAUUACUUUUUGCGAGUUGUCCCGACUGCUCUUGGAACAGCUAUGGAUGUUAACUUGAGCAAUGUAUCUCUAGUUUUCAUCUCUGUCACAUUUGCUACAAUGUGUAAAUCUGCUGCUCCAAUCUUUCUCCUCUUGUUUGCUUUUGCUUUCAGGUUGGAGACACCGAGUUUUAAACUAUCAGGAAUCAUUUUAGUCAUCUCCAUUGGCAUAUUACUAACAGUUUCAAAAGAGACAGAAUUUGAAUUUUGGGGAUUUGUACUUGUCAUGCUUGCUGCUGUUAUGUCCGGGUUUCGGUGGUGUAUGACUCAGAUCCUUUUGCAGAAAGAAUCCUAUGGUCUGAAAAAUCCACUUACCCUGAUGAGCAAUGUAACUCCGGUAAUGGCUGUAUCAACUGCACUUCUUUCUCUUGCAUUAGAUCCAUGGGACGAAUUCCAAGAAAAUGCAUACUUUGAUACUCCAUAUCAUAUAACUCGAAGUUGCUUGCUGAUGUUCUUUGGUGGAACACUUGCCUUUUUCAUGGUACUAACAGAAUAUAUUUUGGUGUCUGUAACUAGUGCCGUCACAGUCACAAUAGCCGGAGUUGUUAAGGAGGCCGUCACCAUAUUGGUGGCAGUUUUAUACUUCCAUGAUAAAUUUACUUGGUUGAAAGGAUUUGGCCUAAUCACUAUUAUGAUUGGUGUGAGCUUGUUUAAUUUGUACAAAUACCAGAAGCUUCAGAAGGGUCAUGCAGGUGACAGUGAAUCAGAGCAUCAUACAAAAGAUUCUUCAGCCAAAUAUGUUAUUCUUGAGGAGAUCGAUGAACAAGAUGAUGGAAUCUAG